UGAUUGGUUAAAUGGAUGGCCUCUGUCUCUGUCUGUCGUAGAUAGCUAUCGGCCACCUCUGUCUGUCUGUAUGUACACACACACACACACACCAAUAUGCAUCGACACUACACACGCUCUACUCUAGCCAACUCGACCUGCCUGCCCCCGCCAACCGCAGCCGAUGUCAACUAGAGACUGUGCUGUGUGGACCAUCUGUUGUCUCGAAGGCAUGUGCGUUGGCAGAGGGCGUGGUUUGUCAGGGGAACCGUGCCCGCCGCCACCGCCUACGCCGGUGAAACAGCAGAUGCCCCACCAGUAAGUAUCUGGAUCUACUUUGUCUACUGCUCGGGGCUAUCCUGCAUCUGCAUGGCCUCCAGCCGCAGCGUCUCGGCACUUCGAAGCAGCUCCUCACACCGCCGGGGAUGUGCACUCUUCGGUGCCGCAGCACGCACCUCCUGACCCAUCCACACACCACACCCACACGCAACACAACGCACGCUUACACCCCCACCGUCUUGCCCCAUCCUCCCUCCCCAUCUAUCUCCUUCACCUGACCUUCAGGAACGCCUCAGUGUUGUGUUUCAUGGCGGCCUUGAGCACGUCGGCCACGGCGUCCUGAAUCGCCGCGUUGGGGUCGUCGAGGUGGAUGAAGAGGGUCUGCAGAAUGUACUCGACCAAUGUGGGCGACCAGUUGGCCGGCAGGGCGUUCAUCAGGGCGGUGAGGGCGCUGCACGCCGCCAGACGGAUGUCGUCCUGUGCGUCGUCGAGGCGCUUCAGCAGCUCCGGGUAGAGCUUCUCGUACAGCAUACUGUCAACGCCCCUCUCACCCUGCAAACACAACAAACACCACACACACACACACACAGAGAAAGAGAUAGAGAUGGACAAGGAAAGACCACACACGCUCCCUGGUCUGCUGCUAAUAUACCUACCUUGAGGUAAACUAGCAGGCUCUCCACUACUUUGCAGGCCACCAUGCGAUUGUCGGGCGCCCAGUCGUCGCUCAUGGACGAUGUCAGGGGCGGCAUCAGGUCAGGCAGCACACUCGACAGCUCUGCAGAGCUGAGCAGAGGGGUGGGGGCGGGGGAGGUGGCUGUGGGUUGAACUGGGGGAAACAGCGCCUGGAUGCAGAGGAGGGCGGCCUUCCGGAUCUUGGCGUUGGCCUGGCCCGGCCGCCAGAUGCUGUUGGGCAACAGGACGAGCCGAAGCAGCAUCACCGACACCUCAUCGCUCCUGUUGGUUGCCCAAGAAUCACACACACAUUCAGGACGUGACGUGACAUUAACGUCUGCGACCCCCCUCUCCCUCCAUCGAUCGCACCUGAGUGUCUCCUUGAUGGCGGGUAUGUCGACAGUGAGCAUCCAGUAGACCAGCCCCAGCACGUCCACCCGCACCAUCGGGCACGCACAGUUGGGGUCAGACUGGCACACCAAUAUCGGCACCAGCCGACGCACACACGGCGCGGCGCCCUCCCCCGCAUUGCGCACCAGGGUGUCGAGCAUCGACCGCCGGGCGUCGUCGUCCUGCCAGACGGUCGAGGCGCUGUCGGCCAGGAAGCCCUGCCCCCCUGUCAUGUCGCUGGCAGCUGGUGUCGGUGCUGCGUCAUGGUCUGGGAUGCCGGUGAGGCAUGCCUCGAGGUGCGUGGUGUAGAGGGCGCUGAUGGGCACGCCCGAGGCGGCAGCGAGGGAGGCGAUCUGGUGCACACACACACACAGCAUGGCGCAAGGAGACAGGGUGAGUGACGGAUGUGGGGAGGUUUCCGUGUCUCUGCUCACUCACCACUUGGUCGACCUGGUCUUCAUCGCAACUCGGGCAGGCCUGAACGAAUGAGCCAACCACACACAAACAUGGGGAGAAUGCCCCUCUCUUCGGCACCUACUUCCUUGGUCCCCUACUUACUUUGAGUCUGAGCAUGACGGCGAACAGCCUGUCUCCCUCCCUCCGACAGGCCUCCCCCGCGGCCCGCACCAGCGCACCCACCACCCUCGGCAGCACACGCAGCACCUCGUCCACUCCUCCCUCCCGGCUCUGCUCCUCCACAUAUCUCGCAGCCAGCCAGAGCUCCCUCUCGCCCAGGGACGUCGGCUGGGCCUCGAGCAGGGUGCCGAGCACCACCAUGACGGACUUCUUGUUCUCGACAGACACGGCCGUGAACUUGCUGUUGGUCAGCCGCUGCAAAUCCACGUCCACCACCUCGGUCGCCGUCACGCGGCCCCUCACCUCCCUUUCCGGCAGCCAUGCGCCCUCGCCCCUCUCUCUGUGUGUGCCGCCUUCGACGCCCAGGUGCGAGCCGAUGAGUGGCAGCAGUAGGGAGAGGGGGAUGACCCUGCCCAGGAGGUGGCCGCACUCGAGCACGGUGUGUGCCACGUCUGGGUUGUCGUCCGAUGUGGUCUUGUAGAGGUGGAUGAGCAGUGGGGAGGCGUACGGCGUCAGAUGGGAGUCGCACAGCACUAUCAGCAGCUUGAGCAGACGGGAGGCCGUCAGUCGAUGCGGCACCGUCCAUGUGAUGAUGUCCGUCAACACCUGACCACACACACAUCCAUCCAUCCAUCUAUCCAUCCAUCCAUCCACACAAGCACAGACAACGCACGCACCUGUGGCAGUAGUUUCUCCAGUAGCCCGACCACCCACGCCCUCAUGUCAUCCGUCGGCGGCCUAUCAGCGCUCAGUGGUGGCGGGAAGGCCGACACGUUCAGGGGGAGCAUACCACGCGCAGACUCCUUCUCGUUUGGCGCCGCCUUGGGGCUCGCCGGCUCCAUGACCUGGUCGUUGUCGUGGUUCUCCUUCGCUGUGGCUGACGCCUCCUGCUGCGAUCUCUUCUGCCGCUGCCGCUUCUGCGCAAUCGCCUGCACGUACACACACAGGCAGGUCACGUCACGCUGUAGAGGCGAAGUGGGUGUAUGUGAACACGUGUGCUGUGCUGCUGACCUGGAGGUGGGCGUAGGACGGCGCAGCAACGGUCUCUAGCUCGGUGUCGGCCAGACCCCCCAGCAGCAGGUAGGCCAACCGCCCCUCCAGGCGGUCCCGCUGCUCGUCUCCUAUGUGCUCCAGCCAAUCAGCUAUGACCUCCGAUAAACAACACCUGACAUGACCCACAGACAGUCACAGAUGGACGGCAUUACGGCAACACAGAGGUCCUCUGCGUACCUGACGGCUGGCGUGCGAUCGCUUCUGACGGUGGCGAGUGUGGGCAGCACGUCCUCCAUGAAGGCGGCACACACAUCUGGCUGCCGCAGGAGGGCCCCGAGCGCCUCGAGAGUCGCCUUGCGGACCUUCCAGUGCUGGUGGCUCAGAUUCCGCGCCAACGACUGCACCAGAGGACGGCCAACCUACGGACUCAACGCACACAUACACACACGCCAUGAACCGAUGGAAUGGAUGGCUAGAUAGACAGACACAUGCAUUGCAUUGCAUUGUAAGGUCUCCCAGAUCUCCCGCUGACCUUAGCGAGUUUGUCGCCUUGACAUGUCUUGGCAAUGGCCUCGACAAUGCCGCAAGACUCCCUCUUGGCCUCGGGGUUGGCGUCCGUCAGGGCCUUGGACAGCCCAUCCACCAGAUCAGCGCAGUACCCCCCGCACCCUUCCCCCACCCCCCGCACCAGCCGCCCUAUCAGCAUCAGCACAUCCAGCCGCAGCUCCUCGGCCUCCUCAGGGAACGGCAGCGGCCGAAUGCGCGACAACAAAGCCGAGAGGCAUAUCGGCAGCAGGUCCGUGAGCUCCUGUCGGUCUAGCAGCCCGACAGCCUUUGCCAUGAUGGUCAGAGCGGUCUCUCUGCAUCGCUCCACGGGGUCUGACAGCAGAUGGGGAAUGCGCGGGGCGAGGCAAUGGAUGAAGAGGUGCUUGAGGGGCUUGAUGCCUGCCGUGUGUGUGGGUGUGGGUGUGGCGGCGGUAGAGGGAGGGAAGAGUGCGUCCAGCCGUGCGAGGGCUGCCUUGCGGAGGGAUCUGUCGGGAUCUGUGAGGCAGUUGAGGUCGCGCUGGUGCUUCUGCACGAACGAAUGGACGUCGGCUGGCAGAUCUGACAUAAUGCGAGGCGGAAGCAACUCAGCCCCCCGGCUUCACUU